UGAUUUCAGUGAUUGCUGUAUGAGUAGUUUCUUGCUGAUUUCAGUGAUUGCUGUAUGAGCAGUUUCUUGCUGAUUUCAGUGAUUGCUGUAUGAGCAGUUUCUUGCUGAUUUCAGUGAUUGCUGUAUGAGCAGUUUCUUGCUGAUUUCAGUGAUUGCUGUAUGAGCAUUUUCCUGGCUGAUCUAAGUAAUUGCUAUAUUAGCAUUUUCUUGGUCACUGUACUUUGUGUCACAGUCCCCAUUAGAGAUAACACACAGUAAAGAAAACAUAAUGAUGGUGAAGCAGCAGAAAAUGUUCUGCCCCAUAGGGUAAAUCCUGAUGUGAACUAUGGCCGUGAUCUCCAGCACUGAGCUCUGUCUAAUGUACACACUGCUCUCACAUCUCCUCAUCACAGAUGGCGGCUGCUUCCUCUAUGGGAGGAGCUGGGAUCCAGGAAGAGGAACAGACUGUAUUGUGAGGAGGGGGAGCUCCGGACUGUGUGUGAAUGGAGGGAAACAUAAAAGUGAAGCCAUACCAUAAAUCACCUACACUGGGGUGGUGACCCACAAACUGAAAUGGAUUCCACUGUAGAAAAAGGGAAGGCUCUGAGCAAGGAUAGAUUUCAGUUUAGAAUGGGCCUUAAUGACAACAAGGCCGGAAUGGAAGGCCUGGAUAAGGAGAAGAUCAAUAAGAUUAUAAUGGAAGCCACAAAAGGCUCAAAAUUUUACGACAAUGAACUAAAGAAAGACCAACAAGUAAAUCAGCGCAUUGAGAAAAUGUUGCAACAAAAAUCUCUCUUGACCAGUUCGCAAAUGAAGAAAGCCCAAAUUCAGAUGGACACACUGGCUCUAGAAUUGGAGCAGAGCCGUGACCUGAGCCGCGUUAUUGUUCAUGUGGACAUGGAUGCAUUUUAUGCUGCGGUGGAAAUGAGAGACAAUCCUGAUCUAAGGGAUAAACCCAUGGCUGUGGGAUCCAUGAGCAUGCUGUCCACAUCAAACUAUUUAGCAAGAAGGUUUGGAGUACGUGCAGCUAUGCCGGGAUUCAUUGCAAAGAAGUUGUGUCCAACUUUACAUAUCGUCCCACUAAACUUUGACAAAUAUCGGGCGGUAAGCAAAGAGGUCCGUGAAAUAUUUUCCGAGUAUGAUACCAACUUUUUACCUUUAAGCCUUGAUGAGGCCUAUCUGGAUAUCACCGAUCAUUUGGAAGAACGACUCACUUGGCCAGAGGAGCGGAGAAGAUUUGUUGUAAGAAAAGGAACUAUGGAAAACCCUUUAUCAGGUGCAGAGAGUACUAAGGCAGAGUGUAAACCAGAAGAAACGCAAUGCACAUCACCGGUUCUUUUUGAAGACAGUCCCACCUUUUUGCCAGACCAAUGUCAUGACCUUUUCAGGGAAAAUACUGAGUGUAAAAAUGAAGAACAACCCCAGGAAACAGUGUAUGUGUUUGGAACAUCAGCAGAGGAAGCUGUAAGGGAAAUGAGAUUUCGUAUAGAACAGAAAACUACACUGACUGCCAGUGCAGGCAUUGCUCCAAACAUGAUGUUGGCCAAAGUUUGCAGCGACAAGAACAAACCUAACGGACAGUAUAUAAUUCCACAUGACAGACAGGCGGUCAUGGACUUCAUCAAGGACUUGCCUAUCAGGAAGGUUCCGGGCAUAGGAAAAGUCACUGAGAAAAUGUUACAAGCGCUUGGAAUUACAACGUGCACUGACCUUUACCAACAGAGAGCACUGCUCUCUUUAUUGUUCUCUGAUACAUCCUGGCUUAACUUUUUACACAUUUCCCUGGGCCUCGGAUCAACGCGGAUAGAAAAAGAUGGAGAAAGAAAGAGUAUGAGCACAGAAAGGACUUUCAGUGAAAUGAGCUCCGCAGAGGAACAAUAUGAGCUGUGUCGGGAGCUAUGUAAGGAUCUUGCAGAAGACCUUAGUAAGGAAGGAUUAAAGGGUAGAACUGUUACGUUGAAACUGAAAAAUGUCAAGUUUGAAGUCAAGACCAGAGCAUCAACCAUGUCCUAUGCAGUGUCUACAGAGGAGGAAAUCUUUUCUGUUGCCAAGGAAAUUCUCAAGGCUGAAAUUGAUUUGGCUUCACCAGAACCUCUGCGGCUCAGACUAAUGGGUGUAAGAAUCUCUGGAUUUCUAUCUGAAGAUGACAGAAAACAUCAAACAAGUAUUACUAGUUUCCUGGGCUUAUGCAAAGCUACCAAGACAAAAUGUUCAGAAAUGGCAGACAAAUCUGGACAAGCAACUCAGACUCCGGUCCCACAAAGACAAAGUUUCUUUAAUCAGAAACGUGCAGCAAGACAGCUAGAGCAGGAACAAGGGUCAACAAGCAACGCAGACACGAGCAAGGAUCAGAUUGAGGUGACACAUGUUCCGUGUGAACAACAUAAGGACAUAGCUGAAGUUGACCAGUUUUGCCAUCAGCCUGACUUCACAUGUCCUAUUUGUAUGAUAAGACAAAGUGAUUGGAAUCUGGAGGCGUUCAAUAAACAUAUAGAUCAAUGUUUGAAUAAACCACCUCCAUCUGAUUACAUAGAAACGAUAAGCAAAUGUGAAAAUGUACUUGGAGAAAAUAAUGAUAAAGCCAAGAAAAGUAAAGAAGGUUUCUCUGGGGGCCGCCAGAAAGAUGUCCAUAUAAAGAAUCUGAAAAAUAAAAUUGUGACUGUGGCUUCACCUAACGAUUUGGAUGACUUUGUCAUUGAUAAAAACACAAUGCGCACAAUUCAAGACCAAGAAGUACAGAUGGACCCCUGCAAAGGUGAAAUUAUAUGUAAGGACCCUAUGGAAAAUCAUCAAAUAGUAGGUGAUAAAGUCAUCAAAAUCAUAAAUGAGUGUAAAACUGCCUCACCACCAUGUUCAUCAACAUGUCGUGAAGCUGUAUUCAUCUGUCCGGUGUGUAAUGUACAGCAAGAUACCUCAGACCUAGUAGUGUUUAAUAGACAUGUCGAUGUGUGCCUCAAUAAAGGAAUACUAGAAGAGCUCGAAGAACCCACUGCCAACCUGGAUCUAAGACAUCCAAUCAAAAUAGAUCAUCAGAAUGGGCUCACAGUCAGAGGGAAUGGUGGUAAUAAAUCCACUGCACGAACUAAACGACCGGGAAUGGCACAGCAGAACCCCGCUUCUAAGAAAGCCAAGACAAACCGCUCCAAUCUUACCAUUGAUACCUUCUUUAAAUAAUAUUUAAGGAUUCCUAUUACAUCAUUUUAUUUAUUCACAGACCUUCCAUCUUGUAUCUCUGCAGAAAAGGACAGGUAUUCUGUUCUUGCAUCAGUAAGACGCUCCGGCAUAUAAGACGCACCUAAUUUUAUAGGAUAAAAAUCUAGAAAAUAAAGAUUCUGAACCAAAUACAAUGUAAAGUAUAGGACAGUGAUCUUCAACCAGCAGACCUUCAGAUGUUGCAAAACUACAACUCCCAGCAUGCCCGGACAGCUGUCCGGGCAUGCUGUGAGUUGUUGCAAAACUACAUCUGGAGGUCCGCUGGUUGAAGACCACUGGUAUAGGAUAUAGUACUCACGUGUCCCCGCUGCUCUGGACCCGUCACCGCUGUCCUGGAUGUCGUCUUCCAUCGAUGUCGCCGCGUCCCCAGGGUGUCCCCGUCGCUCCGGAACGUCUUUGCUGCCCGGUAUCCCUGCUCUCAGUCGCCGCCAUGACAUCGCUACGCACGCCGCUCCUAUUGGAUGUGCGAUGGCGUGAUGACGACGAAAGAGAGCGCGGCCAUGGAGGGGAUCCCGGCACGGAGCAGACACCGAAGAGGCAGGAAAGGUCCCUCCCGGUGUCCUGUAAGCUGUUCGGGACGCCGAGAUUUCACCGUGGCGGUCCCAAACAACCCGACUGAACAGCCGGGUUAGUGUUAUUUUCACUUCAGCUUUGAUCGCUGCAUCUGAAGGGUUAAUACAGGGCAUCACCGCGAUCGGUGAUGUCCUGUAUUAGCAGCGGGUCCCGGCCGUUGAUGGCCGCAGGGACUGCCGCGAAAGGUGUGUAUUCGCCUUAUAACACGCACUAACUUCCCCCCCCCCCCCCCCCAGUUUUGGGGAAGAAAAAGUGCGUCUUAUACGGCGAAAAAUACGGGACAGAGUUUACAAGAUAUACAAAAUAUACAUAAACUUAGGGCUCAGAUGCAGUGUAAUACAGGAAUGAAACGCACAUGGUUUGCAACAUCAGUUCAGACAAGCACCUUUACCAGACAGUGAAAUGAUGACGACUUUUUUUUAUUAAAGUUGGAUAUGUACAAUCUUUGGACAUGGCCAUCUUGUCCAAUCUCCUGUUACCUAUACCCACACCUUAUAUUAUAAUAAUAAUUCUAAUAAUUUACUUGGAUUUAUUCUAUAGAAGUUAUUUUAAGUGUGAUAAGUUUUGUGGUUUAGAUAUUGUUAUUUAAUAAUUAUGAGAAAAAAAAUAUUUGUUUUUCUUGCAACUUUUCAUCAUGGCAAUAUUUCCUUGACCAUUUUUUUUUUUUAUAUUGCUUGAGUUUUUGUGUUUCUUUUUGUGUGUUGUUUUUGGGAUGUACAGUCUGCCUUAGUUCUGGGUUUAGUAUAUUGUCUUGAUUAAACCACAUCAAUACUGCUUGUGCUGAGAUUGGUACUAAGCAAAGACAGAAAAAUAACAAGGGAUUUAAAGGGGUUGUUCAGCGAAAAGUAACGUAUCCCCUAGCCACAAGAUAGUCGAUAAGUGUCUGAUCGCUGGGGGUCCGAUCGAUGGAACCCCUCUUUAUGUCCUGAACGGGACCCGGGUCUCUAAGAGGUGUGCACACUCCAGCAUCUCCGACACUCACACUGUGCCAUCCCCAGCAUGUGCUCCAUGGGCCCGUUCAGGAGAUUGUGGGGGGGGGAGGGGGGUCCCAGCGGUUGGACCCCCUAUCCUGUGUAUAGGUGUUAAGUAGAUUUUAGCUUUCAGAACACUCACGUAUUCCAGAAAUAUGUUAAAAAAUACAAUAAUGCAUAUGAGAACAUCACACUUUCGAAUAUUGUUUUCACAGCCCUCUACUGAUUUACAGAAAUAAAGGGAUCUAUUGAACGCUUAAAACCCCUUUGGUACUGCCAGAGAUUUCUGUUACUGGAAAUUUGACACCACAUUAAUAGCGCCAAUGGAAUGCCUUUUCAUUCUUGAAAUCAUUGGUGAACCAGUGUCAUCUCCCCGUGUUUAUCCAUGACAUCAGAAGAAUUUUGUGACUUCCCUUUUACAAUAUCUGUCUACAUAGGCCUAUGUACCCCUGAAAUGGAGCUCUGAAGUUUUGUUCAUUGGUCCGAUAAAUGCUUAGAAUUUAUUUUGCACCGGCCACAUGAAAAUGUGUCAUUUACUUCAAUUAUUAUAUUUUUACAAACUAAGUUGUUUUAUGUAUUUUAAGUCCUAUUUCUGCUGACAGCUGGGACUUAAAAUGAUGCUCUAAAGGCAAGGUACUCAACAAACCUACAGAAACAGCACCACACCUGUCCAUCUAUGGCAGUGGUCCCCAAACCGUGGCCCUCCAGCUAUUGCAAAACUACAACUCCCAGCACGCUGGGAGUUGUAGUUUAGCAACAGCUGGAAGGCCAGAGUUUGGAGACCAUUAAUUCUAGGGUAUCUGGUAUUACAGUUCGGCUCCUGACUCAUGGACUGGUGUGGCGCUGUUUUUUAUUUAUUUUUUUUGUUUUCUUGGAGGAAAGCAGUAUUGAACUAAUCCUGGACAGCCCCCCUCUCAUCUGCAUAUUUUAUAAUACUGGGCUAUAUACUUGGGCUAUUGUUGUUAUGUUCCAGUGCACUUUAUAAUGUAUACCUCUGAUUACCAAAUGCAGACCUCUGUAGGUUAUUUAUUUGCAAUAAUUAUUUCAUGUUCUAUUUUAAAUGCUUUGUAUUUAUUAAAUUUAUAAAUUAUCAAAUAAAACAAAUGGG